AUGUUUGCUUUCAAGCGUCUCAACAUUCCACGUACUUACAAUUUUAGCUUCGGUCACAACUAUGUCAACUAUAUGCAAAAAGUGAAUCUCUCUCAAUUUUCAAGAAAAAAGUUUGACCUUUUUAACCGGAAACAAGAAUUUGAUUUGCUUACAACCAAAUUUAGCAGUAAUACUCCAGAAAUUCAUGUUAUUUUAGGACCUAGUGAUUCCGGGAAAACUACCUUGGUGCGUCAGGUGGUGCAAAAUGGGAACUUUAACCCUCUAUUUAUCGACCUUCGUAAUUCGUCCGGUAUUUUGUUACUUCGUGAUAUUAGGAGUGAAUUUCAAAAUUUUUUCGAAAGUAUAUUCAUUAAACCUAAAACUAAGCUGGAAACUGUUAAUAAACUUGAUUAUAAGCUUCUUAAAAAAAUUUCUAGUAGUCUUCCAAAUUUAAGUUAUUGGAAGAAUCACAAUAUACCUCCACCUAUCUUAGUAAUUGAUGAGGCAAAUAAACUAUUUGAGGAAUAUAAAACUCUUUUCAAAGCAUUUCUUUCCUGGCUAAAACUAAUAAUACAAAAUAAUCAAUUUCACGUGGUCCUUACCUCUUCUGAACCAUUUUUUUUAGAUUGGAUGGAAUAUUCUUUGCAUACUAUGCGUUUAACACCACAUGUUGUUGGAGAUUUAAGUAUAGAAGAAGCUAAGCAAUUUGUAAAUCAUGAACUUGAAAACAAUGAUUGUAUGGAAUUUAAACACGAUUUUGAUUAUGUACGCAGCUUUACUGGUACACGCAUGUCUUUCAUUACCAAUUUUGUUUAUGAUUAUAGUAUUCGUGGUAAUGGUUUAGAUUAUAUUUACAAUCCAGAAUAUAUAAGGAUGAGAUGGGGUUUGGAUCCUAAAUAUUGUGAAUCUCGCGCGAAGUAUAAUAAUUUUCCUAUUUAUUGGGAAAAAUCCCAUUUCAUUACAGCUAUGAAAGCUUUAGUAGAAGCAGAAGAUCAAGGAUUUAUUCUUGAAGAUGAUUUGAUAAAAGAAAUUGGUUAUAAAGCAGUUCGUUCACUUGUUGAUUACAGAUAUUUAUACCGACGACCAAAUUUUGGUCUUAAUAGUGAUUUAACUAAUCCUCCAGCAGAGUCAAAAGUAAUGUUAACUCCAAUGAAUCAACCAUCAUUAAAUGCAGCAAAAGACCUAUUAAAAGAGAAUAAUUAUUAA